AUGGCUGGUUAUAGAGGCAACAAUGUCAGAAAUGAAAUAGAAAGCAGAGAACUGCAGUUUACAGAAAGAAGGAAGAGACAUUGCAUAGGAAGGUCCAAGAUGCAGCCUACAGAAUCGACAGGGCUACCAAACUUAGAGCACACGAAACUGGAAGCAGAACUACAAGUAGGGAAGAGGGCAAAUGCAUUUAUUAUUUGUUGGAACCUAUCUUUUGUUGUUUCUGAUGCUCAAAGAAACUUUAUAUAA